AUGAAGCCAUUACCUAUUAGGGCUCUAAUUAUUAUAGUUUUGCGUAAAAUUUUGCUAAAUAAAUCCUUUCCAUUUUUCAAUUUCUCAUUCAGUUAUAAUUUUACCAUGGACAGCAACUCUCCUAAGCCAGUAGUUAUCGACAACGGGACUGGCUUUAUCAAAGCAGGACUUGCAGACGAAGACUGCCCUCGUGUUAUUCAGCCCACUUUAAUCGGUGUUCCCAAAUAUCCAGGAAUUAUGGUCGGAAUGGACCAAAAAGAUCAUUACAUCGGAACUGAAGCAGUCGAAAAAGUCGAGUUCCUCAAUAUGUCAGAUCCUAUCAAAAACGGCUACAUAGAGAACUGGGACGACAUGGCAAAAAUCUGGAGCCAAAUCUUCCAAGAACUUAAUGUAUCCUCCAAGGAAAAUCCCUUAUUUUUCGCAGACACUCCUCUCACACCUCGUUCUUCACGUGAAAAAAUGGCUGAAGUCAUGUUCGAGACCUUUGAAUGCCCUUCUCUUUAUAUGUACACCACAUCUGUGCUUUCCUUAUUUGCCUCAGGCCGCACUACAGGAUUAGUUGUAGACUCAGGAGAAGGAAGAACCCAUGCUGUCCCUGUUUAUGAAGGUUUCGCUUUGCCUCAUGGAAUAUUAAGGCUUAAUGUGGCAGGGAGAGAUCUUACAGAUUAUUUGCUCAAGCAUUAUAUUGAGUAUAACCAGACCCACGAUUUCACAUCUUUGACAUACCAAAAACUUGUAGUGGAUAUAAAAGAAAAGCACUGCAUGGUCGCAUAUGAUUUUGACACUCUUUUGAAAAAUGCAGCUGAAAAUGGAGGGGAAAGGGAAGAAUACCAUUUGCCUGAUAACUCAGUGAUGAUUAUUGGGAGGGAAAAGUUCAUUAUACCAGAAGCUAUGUUCCAGCCUGGAAUGAUAGGAAAAGACUCAGCAGGGAUUGCAGAUACUGUUUUUAAGGCAGUUUCUAAUUGUGACGCGAAUAUUAGGAAAGAGCUAUAUGAAAACAUUUUAUUAGCAGGAGGAAAUUGUAUGCUGAAGAGGCUUAAGGAGAGGUUGCAGAAGGACGUAAAAGCGCUUGCACCAAGCACAAUUAAUAUUGAGGUAGCUGCGCCACCUGAGAGAGGGUAUUCAGCUUGGCUUGGAGGGUCGAUUUUAUCACAUUUGCCAUCGUUUAAGCCGAUGUUUAUUACAAAAGCGGAGUAUUUGGAUCAAGGCGCGCUGGUAGUUUAUAGAAAAUGCUUUUAA